AUGGGAGUUGAUUUAGGAGACGAAGCACUUAAUAGUUUACCUUCAAAAAAAAAGUACACUAUUUUCGAUAUUGGUGAUGUGGGCUGUGACAAUUUUCAUUAUUAUAAGUUGGCAAAAGAAAGUUUACUAGGUACACAGUUGCUUAACGAUGCUUAUAACAAAAUACUUAAAGCAUUAUGUUAUAUAUAUAAAGCACAUGAGGCAAGAAAAAUCGGUGAAGAUGAUUGUCAUUACCUAUAUUUUUGGUUAGGAGAUGCAUUAGAUAAAAAUUUAAUUAAUAGAAUUUCAUUUCCGACUCAUAUGGAAACACUUAAAUUUUUACUAAACAGUGAUGAUGGUAAGAAAAUAUGUGAUUAUAAUAAAUAUAAUAUGACUAAGCAAAAUUUUAUGGAUAUUAAGAAUUUAUUUGAUCUUUUGAAAGAUUAUGAUGAGCUUAAAAAAUAUUUCAAUUCACCUAUUAAUUCAUGUAACAGUAAUUUUCAGAUACAUCUUGAUGGAUAUGUUAUGACAUAUAGACAGUGCCAUAACAGUUGUAAUGAUAUAGGUAAUAGCGAGGAUACUUGUAAAUUUUUUAAACAAUAUUUUAAGAGUAAGGAACAAAUGGAUAUCCUUAAUUGGAAAUGCAAUUCAGAAGAAAUUACAGGUAGUUUAUCAGCACGACAACGAUAUCAUGGAAAGUCCGUACAAACAGAAGUACAAAUAAUAGAUGCACAGACACAAACACAAUCACAAUCACAAUCACAUAUAAAUCUAGAGCCAGUGCCAGUACCAGACCCAGUGCCAGAGCUAGAGAUAGAGCUACAUCCAGAUACAGUUCGUGUACCACAGCUCAAGCAUGAAGAAGAAUUACUUAGAAGAGGGACACAAGAAGGUCCACAUAUGGAAGUUCAAUUAAGAAAAACCUAUGAAGACGAAGGUGGAGAACAUUUAAAAUAUGAAAAUUUAGAACAUACUAAUUUGUAUUCUAGAGAUCCGCAAUCGAGCACCACUAUAGGUAUUUCAGAUGACCCUUCAGCUUUUUCAUCACCUAAAAGUAUGGUUAUUGCUCCAUUAGUUAUAGGUAUUACAGUUUUAUCUAUUAUACUGUGCAAAUUUACACCAUUUGGGUAUUGGUUAAAAAAAGCCUUACUGGGGAAACCUCAAAGAAAACGUAAUAUUAUAAUGGAUAAAAAUAAAAUAGAAGAUUAUUCUAUUACUGAAGAUAUAGAAUCAUUGAGAAGAUUUAAUAUAAAAUACAGUAAUAUAUAA